AUGGCAGCCUUUUCAUACCACCCUGCCUUUCUCCUUGAUUCAAUUUUCUUGCCCUACACUCCUAACAACAUCAACAUUGAUGACCAUUUCUCUCCAUCUUACCCUUCUGAGCCUUUGAUCCAGGAAGUUCAUAAUACUGAUUCAAGAGCUGUUGAAAGCAGCUGUACUGUUGAUCACAGCUCAGCAAAGGUUUCUCUCAGUGACAAUGAGCCUUCUGUGACCAAGAAACAGAGCACAGAGUCCUCAACUGUGGUGGAUAAGCUUGAAACUGGUGAGCAGGUCACUCAGAAAGUGACUUCUAUGGACAAGAAGAGAAAGAACAGAAAUGGAUCAUCUUUGAAUUCUGCUCAAUCCAAGGCUUCAAGAGAGCACAAGGGAAAGAAGCAAAAGAAAUUGGAUGGUGCCGAGAAAGCUGAGGAAAAGAAGGCUAAAUCAGAUAAAAAAGACCAGGUCAAAGUUGGAGAUGAACCUCCAACAGGUUACAUUCAUGUUAGAGCAAGGAGGGGUCAGGCUACUGAUAGCCACAGCCUUGCAGAGAGGGUAAGAAGAGAGAAAAUCAGUGAGAGGAUGAAGAUGCUGCAAAGACUUGUUCCUGGCUGUGACAAGGUCACUGGAAGGGCAGUGAUGCUGGAUGAAAUUAUCAAUUAUGUCCAGUCCCUACAAAAUCAAGUGGAGUUCCUCUCAAUGAAGCUUGCUUCUGUGAACCCCUUGUUCUAUGACUUGGGAAUGGACUUGGGUGCUUUGAUGGUCAAACCAGAGAGAUUGAGUAGCAUGGCAUCACCAUAUCCAUCUGUGCCACAAUGCAGCCCCACGCAGCCCACAGCUUUUGCUGAUACAUCUACCAACAUCACCACCUUCUCCACAGCUAACAACUAUCCUUUCCUGGACGGUUCAGCUUCAAUUCUACUUCAACAAGGGCAGAGGCCAAAUGACUUUUCUCAGGACAGUGAAAGCCUAAUGUGGGAUGUGGAGGAUCAAAGACAAAACUUUCUCCAUCCAUCUGGUUUCGGCAACAACUUUCAAUUAAUAUAA